CUGAGCUGAGGCUAGGGUAGGCUGGUACUGUUGGGGGCAUCCAGGGGUCUGUCCUGUUGUUAAAAGUAAUACCAGUCUCUGAUAGCUGUUUCCUUUUCUAAGAGGAAUGUGUUAAUGUGGAAGUAUCUGAGAAUGCAAGGACGAUGUGUAAGCUUUAAACUGAACGUGAACAGUGAAGUCCUGAAAUUAUAAAUGAUUUGGUGACACACUGAGCUUGCAAUGCAGGCAAUAAAAACUGUGGAAAAAGAAGUGACUUUUAUAAAGGAGAUACUUUUCACAGAAUCUUUCCCAAAGAAACAGGAGUGCAGCAGAAGCCCAGAGAGCAGGCGGCUCUGUGAGCAGCAGCCAUUGGAAGGAGCUGUCUGCAGCUCGCAGUGCUGUACUGAGCAUGUCCCAGCGGAGCCCAGUGCAAGCAGCACAUUAUGCAAAAAGGCAGCUCUAGCAGAUGGGAGAGAGGCACAGCAAGCAUUUGCUUCACUUGCAUCACCACCGCCUGAAAACAAACCUGGAUCGCGAGAGGGGAUCUUGCCGGCAGGCCAAAGGAAAGAAAACCGGGAGCAUGGCUUGAUUACCGAAGGUGUUGCGCUGAGAAAAAUCAUGGGGAAUCAAGAUGGGAAGCUAAGGAAAAAUACAGGUGAUGUGCAUGAAGGAGGAGAGGAUGCCUCUGGGCCGAAGGAUACAGAUGGCACAAAGAAGGUAUCGGGAAGCAGAAGGGGACUGGGGAAGCAUGCAAAAGGAAGUGAAUCUGCUAAAAAGAAGAGUAAGUCAGACUCGAGGGCCUCAGUAUUUUCAAAUUUGAGGAUCAGAAAAAAUCUGUCCAAGGCUAAAGAUGGGAACAGUAGUUCAAGGGAGGAUGUUCUGGAAAGCCAGGCCUUGCAGACUGCAGAGCUGGACAGUACUCAUUCAAUUGUUACUAAAACCCCAGAUAUAAGCAUCUCUGCCGAUGAAGGGGGUCUCUCAGACACAGAUGCUGAACAUUUUGAAAUCAGAAAUGAAACCGUCCCAGCUGCUGCAGAGACACAGGAUGGACAAAGGACCAGCUCUGGCUCCGAUACGGAUAUAUACAGUUUCCAUUCAGCCACAGAACAAGAGGAUUUGCUUUCUGAUAUCCAGCAAGCUAUUAGACUGCAGCAGCAGCAGGGGGCAAUUAACAUUGGAACUGAGGACCUUGUCACCAAAACAAUGGGCCGACACAUGGCUAAUUUGCAAGCAGCCCCCUUGGAUUUUGAACGGUUUCUUUCAGUAACUACUACUGACAAAGAGAGUAGCCCAGACACUGUGAAGGCUUUUCCAGCAGUAUCUGAAAUUGCGGAAAAUGUUCCCGUCUCCUGUGCAACUGAACGUGAACUGAAAGAAGCAGUAAAUGGAACAGGCUCUCCUGGUAACGGCUUAUUUGAAAAACAAGAAUGUAAGCUAUUUAUCAAGGAACAGGAACAGCUCACUGCUGGAGUAGAUGCUGUAGCUGGUGAACUAGAAGAUGAUUUAAACAGAACUGCUGUUGAAAAUGAGUCUGAAACCCAGAGCUUCACACUACGUUCUCCAACCUCAGUAGUAGAUUCUGAGACUAAAAUUGGUGAAGUGCAGGCUAUUGAUUUGCAGGGUUCAGUAACAGAGGAUGGUAUUUCAGAUGCAGGCCAUGAUCAUGCUGUUGAGACUCAGGAAGGGGAACAUACUCGGCCAGACAGUCAAGAGGACCUGCAUAAUGGUUUAUCUACAGAAAUGAAAGAUAGCAUUUUGUCCUCCGAGGGGACAGCAGGCAGUCCGAUGCUUGGUUCCCGAUGCUUUAAGCCCUAUCUAAUUAAUCCUUGUUACAUCAAAACCACAACUAGGCAACUGAGUUCUCCCAACCAUUCACCUUCUCCAUCCCCAUCCCAGAGCCCACUUUUUGCAAGGAGGCAGGAGUCUUUCCACAAAAAAGAAAAAGUCCCAAUCAAGAAGCAGAGGUCUGCUAGUUUGGCAGGUUUGUUUAGUCGUUCAGCAGACUGGACAGAAGAGGUAUCUAAUCACAAAUAUGAGAUAACACAGAAGGUGGGCUCUGCAGGCUAUUUGGAGCACAAGGGGUUUAGAGAGAAAUUUCAAACAGAAAGAGUGCCUUUGACUCAUUCAAGAAAGUCCUCAGGGGUGCAGGCUUCUGCAGAGACAUUUCCCAAUGUCUUUUCAGGACGAACUCUGCUGGAAAAGCUCUUCAGCCAGCAGGAAAAUGCACCACAAGAAGAAGCAGAAAAGCUGUGUUCUCGUAUUAUUGCAAUGGGUCUUUUACUUCCAUUCACCGAUUGCUUCAGAGAACCAUGUAAUCAGAGUGCCCAGCAAAGCACACCCACAUUUGAUCAAGACCAGCUCUAUACUUGGGCCGCAGUUAGCCAACCCACACAUUCAUCAGAUUAUGUUGAAGGAAGCUUUCCAAGGAGAAUUCCAUCUGUGUGGCCCCCACCCAAACCACCAGAUGAAGAACAAGGACUCAAAAUUACGGAAACAGAACCUAGAGAUUCAGAGUUGAAAUCUACUGUACUAGAAACAGAAAAACAAUUCACAGAUGUUCAGCAGGUACAGAAAGAAGACUGUUCCACAGUACCUGGGUCCUGGGAUGAUUUUGAGGUGAAAUCGGAGGAGCGUGCCAAUGUCAUCCAACAGCUUGAGCAAACUAUUGAGGAUCUGAGGACCAAAAUUGCAGAACUAGAGAAACAGUUCCCUGCUACAGAAGUACGGACUGCUGGAAGGGAGCAGGAAAAUGAGCAUACACACACUGCCUGCAGGGAACUCAGUAUUGUGAAUCUUCAAACAAACGGAGAGGAGUAUGUGCCCAGAACAGUGUCACAGGCAAGAUCUGUACAAACAUCACCAACAGAAGAUUAUUUAACACAAAGAAUGCCUUCAGCCAAUGAACUACCACAGCCCCCCUCACCACUGCACUUGGAAAGGGGCAAAAGUGCAGGGCCAACGGAGAACUUGCCAGCUCUAGAAUUACAGCCCACGUUUUGUUCUGAAAUCUCCUUAAUUCUGUCUCCGAAGCUAAUCUCAGUGCCACUGGAUGGAAGCCAAUCAGUACAGACUACGUCACAGUCACCUCUUCCAGGACCCAAAGUUAAUUUGUCCCUUGUAUUUGAAGGAGAGACUGAAUUUUCAUCUCCUCAUCAACCUCUAAGUACUGGAAAUGUGACUUGUGGUGAACAUCCCCUUUCUUUGCCCCCAGAGCCCACAUGUAGCAUUCCUCAAUCACUAUCAGGCACUGAACUUGCUGCUCCUGUAACUGGAGUGCAUGGCCCUUCCAUCACUGCUCCCAUGCCUGUGGCAGGAGUACCACCCCCACCACCUCUGCCUGGCUCAGGACUUCCUCCAUCUCUUACUGGCCCAGCAUUGUCACACCUGGACCACUCUUUGUCAGGCAUCAUGAUACCACCCCCACAGCUGCUGCCUCCUCCUCCUCCACCUCUGCCAAGUGGGGAGAUAGCAGUGUGUCCUCCAGCUCCCCCUCUUCCAUGUACUGGAGUCCCACCACCACCACCUCUGCUGGGAGCAGGAGUCCCUCUCCCUCCGCCCAGUUGGGGUAUCCUUCCUCCUCCACCACCACCUUUACCUGGGACUGCUAUUCCUCCCCCACCACCUCCUCUGCCUGGCCUGGGAAUGUCAACGCUACCCACAGUGCCACCUCUGCCUGGAGCAGGAGUUCCACUGCUUCCCCCACCUCUACCCAGAGGGGACAUCCCAGCCCCUCCUCCUCUGCCACCACCUCUGCCUGGUGCAGGUGCCCCUCCACCACCCCCUCCACCACCUCUGCCUGGUGCGGGUGCCCCUCCACCACCCCCUCCACCACCUCUGCCUGGUGUAGGUGCCCCUCCACCACCUCUGCCUGGUGCGGGUGCCCCUCCACCACCCCCUCCACCACCUCUGCCUGGUGCGGGUGCCCUUCCACCACCCCCUCCACCACCUCUGCCUGGUGCCCUUCCACCACCCCCUCCUCCACCUCUGCCUGGUGCAGGUAUUGCCCCUCCGCCACCUCCUCCACCUCUGCCUGGUGCAGGUAUUGCCCCUCCACCACCUCCUCCACCUCUGCCUGGUGCAGGUGUUCCUCCACCACCACCACCUUUACCUGGUUUGGGGAUGCCACCUCUAGCCCCACCGCCUUUGCCUGGAGAAGCACCACCACUUCCACCACCAGUCCAAGGCAGUGCCUAUCCAUCAGUUCCACAGGUCGGUGGAUUUCUUCCUCCUCCUUUACCAUCUGGUUUAUUUGCAAUGGGGAUGAAUCAGGAGAAGGGGAGCAGAAAACAUGUGAUAGAACCUUCUCGACCAAUGAAGCCUCUUUACUGGACAAGAAUUCAGCUCCACAGUAAAAGAGAUUCUAGUGCUUCACUUGUGUGGGAAAAAAUUGAAGAACCUUCCAUAGAUUAUCAUGAGUUUGAAGAACUGUUUUCUAAAACAGCUGUUAAAGAGAGGAAGAAACCUAUUUCGGACACCAUUACAAAAACAAAGACUAAACAAGUUGUCAAGUUGUUAAGUAACAAAAGAUCUCAAGCUGUUGGAAUAUUAAUGUCUAGCCUUCAUUUAGACAUGAGGGACAUUCAGCAUGCUGUUGUGAACUUGGACAACUCUGUGGUUGACCUAGAGACCCUUCAAGCCCUGUAUGAGAAUAGAGCACAAUCAGAUGAAUUAGAAAAAAUAGAAAAGCACAGCAAGGCAUCUAAGGAAAAAGAAAACGCGAAGUCUUUGGAUAAGCCAGAACAGUUCCUCUAUGAACUCUCUCUAAUUCCUAACUUUUCAGAACGUGUAUUUUGCAUCCUGUUUCAGUCAACAUUUUCAGAAAGCAUUUGUUCAAUCCAUCGCAAACUUGAAUUGUUACAGAAACUGUGUGAGACACUGAAAAAUGGGUCAGGAGUUAUGCAGGUCUUGGGUUUGGUUCUUGCUUUUGGAAAUUACAUGAAUGGUGGAAACAGGACAAGAGGACAAGCUGAUGGGUUUGGACUGGAUAUCCUGCCAAAACUGAAAGAUGUCAAGAGCAGUGACAACAGCAGAAGUCUUCUAUCUUACAUUGUCUCAUACUAUUUGCGUAAUUUUGAUGAGGAUGCUGGAAAAGAGCAAUGCAUCUUUCCUCUUCCAGAGCCACAAGAUCUCUUCCAGGCUUCACAAAUGAAGUUUGAAGACUUUCAAAAGGAUCUCCGCAAAAUGAAGAAAGAUUUGCGAGUAUGUGAGACAGAAGCAGCAAAAGUUUAUCAGCUAUCACUAGAAGAGCACCUCCAGCCUUUCAAAGACAGCAUGGAACAAUUCAUUAGUCAAGCUAAAAUAGACCAAGAAAAUGAAGAGAAGUCACUAACAGAAGCACAUAAAAGCUUUUUGGAAACUGCAGCGUAUUUCUGUAUGAAACCAAAAAUGGGAGAGAAAGAGGUGUCCCCACAUUCUUUCUUCAGUAUUUGGCAUGAAUUUAGUUCUGACUUCAAAGACUUCUGGAAGAAGGAAAACAAACUUAUUCUUCAGGAAAGAGUUAAAGAAGCAGAGGAAGUCUGCAGGCAGAAAAAGGGGAAAUCACUAUACAAUAUAAGACCAAAACAUGACUCCGGAAUUAAAGCCAAGAUAAGUAUGAAAAUCUGAGAGAAGAAAAGCAAAAGCCAUUGUUACCUGGUUACCAAAACUCAACAUGUCUGUGGGUGGGGGGUGAAGGGGAAGGAAACUACAUCAUCCUGAUCAUUUGCUUUCUUGACCUUUUUGAAUUUGCUUUUUGUUCUCUGGAGUUUUCCACCAAUUGAUGUGUUAAUAUAUGUUCAUGAAUGAGUGUAAUCACUUUAAUGGAGUGCCCAGCAAUAGACUAGGUAUGGACUUGAAACACCUUCCUUGUACUCUGUAUCUCCUUUUCCACUCAAAAAUGAUAUUUUGUUAAGUGUAUGGUAUAUUACAAAUAGGCCAAGUCAGCAUGCAUAAAAAGCAGCAUCUGCAUCAGUUCUGAACAUGCUGGAAAUUGCAUUAAGUUGAACUUCAUAAGAAUGCUACUUGAUAAAAUAAAACAUUUCCAUUCCUACUGGCAACAUCUGUCUAACACAAAUACUUCAUGGCACUAAACUUAGAUUAGGGAAAGAAAUGUUACUCCUAGUGAAUUGUUUGUAUCCGUUUCAUGUUGGCAUUUGUAGUUUGUAUUUUGAAUCGUUAAGUGCUGUUUAUACAGUAUAAUCAAUGCUUUCCCAACUCGUUUGGUUGCCCUCCAUGACUAAAUAUUUGUGGAACAAGAUGUUUACUAUAACUAUCUUUAAAAUCGAUAAGGCAGCAUACUUUUACUUCAUCUUUUGCCAGAUAGUGAAUGUCAGGUGGUAAUGGGUGGGUCAGAAAUACAGCAUUUAAAAAAAAAAAAAAAAAAAAAAAAAGGCAGGAAGAUACAGAAAAGCACAGAAGUACUAUAGAGAGUAUGAGAGAUUUGGCUAUUAUAGUUUGUUAACAUUAUAAGUAGCUAAUACUUUUACAUGAACUUUAGAAGGUAUAGUAUAGUUUUAACUGCUGAUCAGUUAUGUCAGGCAGAAUUUCAGUCACAUGUACAUGAAUUCCCUUUUGGAAUUAGCUUUACAGUUAAUUUAAAACUCCUUUAGAGAGCCGUUAAAAGAUGCACAUGGAGACUGACAUUUAUGGAAAACAGUAGCCAAUUCUAGUGACAGACUUAGACUACCAACUAAUUGACAUCAAUUUCACACUUAACGUAAUUGCAGACUUUUCCUCCAGGCUUUCAGUCUCCCUGCCUAGGAGGCCAAUGAUUGAAAUCUAUGACUUAGGGCUUCCAUUUUAGACCACGUGCUUAAUUCCUAUUUUCAAUCCAGAAUUUACUAUAUCAGCCUUGAUAUGCUCAACCAGCAACAACCUGUUCCUCCGGUCUUAAAUAAAUAGCUCCAAACUAAUCAGCCUGAUUGAUAACAUUUUGCUUUCAUGGCUGGCUUUUCCUGAAAGUAACCAGUGUGUGCAAAUGAACUAGAUGCAUAUGUUCACAGCCUUGGAGCCUAAAAGACACUGGGGUAAAGCAAAUGAGGUCUAACCUGCUGGGCUGUGUUGUUCCCUGUCUAAUCUAGCACAUUAUGAGACAUUCCUAGUGGUCCAGAGGCUAAUAUAUUAUACAAGGUGUCAUGAAAGAAAGUGUGAAAUUUGACCUCAGGAAUCUGUUAUUCUUCACAUAUACCAAGCACUAGAAAUGAUGUUUUUUUUUUUUCACUAUGUGAAAAGCAAGUCUCCUGUUGCUGACAAACCUAUUUGAAAUUCCGUUGUAAUAAUUUCUGGCAGGGAUAUAAAUUACCAAGAAUAGAGUUCUCAAACUUUGUGUUGAUGGGAGUAACAUUACUAUUUGGGGAAGUGAAAAGAAGAGAUUAUUUGUUGUUACAACUAACUUAUGGAAAAAAAAAAUAUCUUUAAAAAAUAAAGCUAUUUUAAUGGCACUGAUUCAAAUCCAUGUUUGUAUUUAUGUAAACAAUAGUCUUUUCCUCUUAACUUUGCUCCUAAGUGCAAGGAUACAGUAGCAUGUUUUCAUUUGUAGCCUUCCUGUUUCCUUCAGUACCUACAGUAUGUAUAUUACUAUACUAAAUGAAAUAAUAGAUCAUCUAACAAAGAUCA